AAUGGAACAAUUAUUUUAAGGUGGUUGUCAUUGUUGCAAAGUAUAAUUUGAAUUCUCUGGCCCUCUUGAAAUGGAAGUAAUAUAGUGUGCUUGUUCUAUUUGCCGUAUGAAAUAAAACCAUCAUGUUCUAAUUCCUUAAUCUAAGUUCAAAUUAUUGACAAGUAUGGAAGAACUUAGUUUAUACACUUUUAAUACCAAACAAGUAAAUAUUUAAUUUAAAUUUAGGCUAAACACUACUUUUGUAAGACUUGUGGAGUCUAAUCAUUUUUUUAUCCAAGAUCCAAUCCUAACAUGGUAGCAGUAACAAUUUAUUGUUUGCAACUACCACAGAAUGUUAAACUAACUAAGGUCACUUAAGGAAUUGAAUAAUCCAUUAAAACCAUUAUUCAGCCAUGAAA